AUGUUCCGCGACCUCCCGGACAACUUUGACGAUGACGACGCAGCGGAGCUUCGCAAAGUCGACGCAAGGCUCCGAUUACGAGAAGCCAUUGCCCAGCACUACCUUGCGAUCCAGGCCAUUCCCAGCACCGACGACAGGAGAGCGCAGUUUGAGCAGCUCAACGCCUUUUUAGAGGACAUGUACAAGAACUUCGGCCCAGAGUUGGAACGCUUGCCUCUUCCAGACAAGUCCUUUACUUCCUCAGAUGACACCUUGGACGCCCUCAGCACUGCCGGCAGCUCUGCGCCUCACCCUGACGCGUCAUCCCCUGCCUCCAAAGGCUCCUCAACAGAUGACUGCGCUUUGCAGCAGUUCGUAUGGAAAUUCCUCACAGUUGGCCAGGACACCUGGCCCGUCAUGCAGGUCUGA